UGCUCUUGUUGCCCUGGUCCAGUCGUGGCUUGUCUCAAAAACGGUCUAAAAAGACGUUAAUUUCCUACCCACGACGGGACCAUCUAUUGACACGCAGUGUAACACGCCCGCGUCGUCCGGUGUGUGUUUUUACCCACGCCCCGUCCCACCGUGACAAUAUAGCUGCCAAGCUACAGCAUGACACACCACCUUCAGACCUCUUCCUCCCCUCCUCGUCCUCUCCAUGUGGGGUUAUUGUCCUUGUGGACGCCAAAUGGGAGGGACCAAAGUGUGCAUCACCUCCGGGCUACAACAGGCCAGUCUGGAUCGCCAUGAAACCAGACUUUCCGUGCGAAUGUUUAAGUUGAUCCUUGUGGUUGUGGACUAGCUGACAGCGCUUGUUGACAUUGGAGCUGGCACAGAAGCUUGUACUUGGGACCACAAUGGCGAGUCCUGAGGAUGACAUUGAACAACCCUAUCAAGCUUCUGCCGCCCAAAUCCUUGAGAGAAGACGCUUCUCUCAUGACCUUCGCUAUCUGGGUCAAGAUGAGAUAGACAGUCUGUUAUCUAGCAGUGAUGGUCGUCCUUUCAGUGUGGUGCACCAUCUUCCAGAACUAAAGGAGGAGGGUAUACCUUACCUAAUACCCGGUGUGCCUAUCACAUGCAGAGUGAACAAUACAGAGAAAUACACCACUCGCUCAAAGGUCCAUGUAGGGACUCUGUACACAGUAAUACUAACUCAUGGGCCAUUCCACUGGACGGUGAAGAGGAAGUACAAGAACUUCCAGGACGUGCAUCGAGACCUCUACAACCACCGGAUGAUGAUUCACUUGCUGCCUCUGGGAAGAUUUGCAAAGGAGAGGCAGCAGCUGAGAGCCAUGUCGGAGGAAAUGCCCAGUCUACAUGGGACUGAACGGACAAGAAGGACCUCCAGCAAAAUGAAAUACCUUGAGGAGUACCUGAAUGGUCUACUGGAGAACAGGUUCUGUAGGAGUGACCGCAGUAUGCUGGAGUUUCUGUCAGUCGGUGCUCUAUCUUUUGUUACCGAUCUUGGGCCCAAAGGCUUGGAAGGACCCAUUUUCAAGAGGUCAGGGGGUCACCGCAUCCAAGGUCUGAAUUGCAUCGGCCAUCAUCAAUUCUGCUUCCGCUGGUCUCGCCGCUGGCUGGUGGUGAAAGGCUCUUUCCUGUUGUACAUGAACCGAGACAAUGGCAAGAUCAACUUUGUGUUGCUGUUUGACCCAGAGUUCAAAGUGAAAGUGGGCCGUGCUUACUCAGGCACUAAAUAUGGAGUCUGCAUCGAGAACUUCACUCGGAAUCUGAUUAUCAAAUGCAGUAGUUACAGACAAGCACACUGGUGGAGUCAUGAAAUCAACCGGUUAGCAGAAACCUGUGAUUUUCUCAAAGUGCAACGCUUUGAGGGGUUUGCUCCUCCACGAGACAACACGCUCACUAAAUGGUAUUUGAAUGGAAGUGGCUACUUUGCCGACCUUGCUGAUGCACUUGAACAAGCUAAAGAAGAAAUAUUCAUCACGGACUGGUGGCUCAGUCCAGAAAUAUUCCUGAAGAGACCAGCGACCGAUAACUUCUGGCGCUUGGAUCAACUUCUAAAACGCAAAGCAGAACAAGGAGUCAAAGUGUGUGUUCUGCUUUACAAAGAGGUAGAGCUCGCACUUGGCAUCAAUAGCGAGCACAGUAAGAGGACUCUCAUGGAUAUGCACCCAAACAUUAAGGUAAUGAGACAUCCUGACCAUGUGUCAUCUGUGGUGGUCCUGUGGGCUCACCAUGAAAAAAUGGUGGCCAUUGACCAAACAGUAGCUUUUGUGGGAGGAAUUGACCUGGCAUUUGGAAGGUGGGAUGACAGCCAGUAUCGGUUAACUGACCUCGGCUCGACAGACACUGCUGAGAAAGGGACAAAGAAGGAGCUAGAUGCAGAUGUAAGACUGACAGGGAUUGGGCGUGUAUGUCAUGACAUGAAGUAUUUUAAAUUUUCUUCACUUUUCCAGGAGAAUGGUGUGGCCGUAUCAACGCCAUCUGAUAGCCAACAACAGGAGCUUGUUGACCUGACAGGCAACACCCAACUGUGGCUUGGCAAAGACUACAGCAACUUUAUUAGGAAAGACUGGGUCCAACUGGACAGACCGUUUGAGGAUAACAUCGACCGUACUAAGGUUCCACGUAUGCCAUGGCGCGACCUGUCAUCAGCUCUUCACGGAAGUGCUGCUAGGGACGUAGCUCGUCACUUCAUCCAGCGCUGGAACUUCUCCAAGAUCUUCAAAAACAAGUACAAAGACGAUUUCUACCCUUACCUUCUCCCUAAAUCUCAUUGUACUGGUGACAGACUUACAUUCACUGUUCCUGCAUCACAGAAAGCCAAAGUACAGGUGUUACGUUCUGCAGAUCGUUGGUCAACUGGAACUUGUGAGAAUUCGAUCCUCAAUGCCUACGUCCACACCAUCGAAAACAGUGAGCACUACAUCUACAUCGAGAACCAGUUCUUCAUCAGCUGUGCCGAUGAUAAGACGGUCUAUAAUGGGAUCGGGGAUGCCAUUGUGAACCGAAUCCUGCGGGCUUACAGAGAGCAAAAGAAGUAUAGAGUGUAUGUGGUAAUCCCUUUGUUACCUGGAUUUGAAGGAGACAUCCGUACUGGAGGAGGGAAUGCCAUCCAAGCCAUUCUUCACUUCACUUACAGGACUAUAUGCCGUGGGGAACAUUCCAUCCUGUCAAGACUAAGUGAAUUGGAGGACCAGUGGACAGAGUACAUCACAGUCUGUGGGCUGAGAACAAAGUCUGAACUCUCCCAGUCGCUUGUGACAGAGCUAAUCUACGUUCACAGCAAGACCCUUAUCGCUGACGACCGCUGCUACAUAAUUGGAUCAGCCAACAUCAACGAUCGCAGCAUGCUGGGUAGCCGAGACAGUGAGCUGGCAGUGUUUGUGGAAGAUGAAGACAGAAUCCCGUCCAUAAUGGGAGGGGAGGAGUACGAAGCAGGACCUCUUGCGCUUGCUCUGCGCAAAGAGUGUUUCGGUGUUCUUGUUGGAGUUACAUCAGACCCCGACAUCAACAUUGAGGAUCCAAUCAGUGACAACUUCUUCUUCUUGGUGUGGAAUUCAUCAGCUAAACUGAAUGCCACUAUUUACAACAAGGUCUUCAACUGCCUACCAUGCAACUCUGUCCACAAUAUGCAAGAGCUGAAGGAGUACACCAGCAAGGAGCGUCACUGUGACACAGACCCUGAUCAGGCUGUUGAGGAGCUCAAAGCUGUCAGAGGACUAUUGGUCCACUUCCCCCUAAAGUUCUUGUGUGAAGAGAACCUGCUGCCUGCAUUGAACACCAGAGAGGGCAUUGCCCCUGUCGGCCUGUGGACUUAGUUGCAGUCACUUUUUCUGGGCUCUGGUAUUAUCAUAACUAACAUUCUGCCCAAUACAAUUAAAUAGUGGCAGUCUUGGAAAUUCAAUGGUGACAAAAGCCAUCUCCACAAGAACUGUGUUAUUGUAGAUUUUAUGACUGACACUUUGUGAGAAUAUUAAACCUAUUGGACUAUAUGUGCAUUAUAAUGUAUACAGUCCAUCUCACAUGGUCUGGGUACAUAAUGUGCAUUUAUUGGUGCAAGAUUUUUAGUUGGAGAGUUAUUUCUCUCUCUCUCUCUCUCUCUCUGGCCCCUCCCCCCUCUCUCUCUCUCUCUCUCUCUCUCUCUCUCUCACAGAGGCCUUACCUCUCACAGCAGUGCUAGCAAAUCUGUCAGAAAAAAACUGUGGUGAUGAAUACAAAGAAAUGGCUGGAUAUGAGCUGGGAAAAUAGACGGUGUCAUACGGUUGUAUGUUGAUAGAAGACGUGUAUUAUCUGCAUAUGCAAGUCGUUUUUAAAUAUUCUUAGAAAUGUUGGAAUUGUUUUUAAGUGAUUUGUUAAAGUCCUUACAAUGCCAGAAAUGUAAAACUGGACAUUCCCCCAUCCCCAACAUGCUGAGAAAAAUGUGAAGCAGAGAUACAAAGUAGAUUGAAGGGACUAUUCAACCACUAUAUUUCCAUUUGGACUUAAAAAUUCUGUGUCCAACUGCCUUACGUGAAACUACACUGUCAUCAUUUGAUUACAAAAGACUUAGACUUAGACUUCCUUUAUUGUCAUUCAAAUUUGAACUUUACAGUACAGAUGAGAACGAAAUUUAGUUGCAUUAGCUCGUUGUAGUGCAGGAUAAAAGAGCAAUAAGGUGCAGAUAUAAAUAGAUUUACUGUAGUUUUUCUGUUUUUCUUACUGUACUGUACAAAAGACACAAUGUAGUGUAUGCCACUGUAUUCUAUGUUUGAUUGUAGGGAUUUUAUAUUUGAUGGUCAGGUAGCCACAGAAUGAUGAAUCUAACAUUCAAAAAUAUAUCGUAUCUAAUUUACAACUACUGUUUUAUUGUUGCUAAUAACGCCACAUUUUCAAGCCUUAUGAUUGUCUGUUUGUGAAAUGUUAGAUAACUCUUUAGAGUGGUUUAUCAUUUAACUGUAUCUGUAAAAACAGCCCAAUUUAUGUUUUCAUUCUACUAAAUGUUUGUGUAUUGUACUUGUGACAAAGCCAGCAAUACUAGUGUAAAGUAAACAAGACUAUACGUGCCCAAGUCCUAACCAUGUUGUAAACAUUCACUAAUGUUCUUUUGAUAAAGCCAUCUCUUCAUAAAUGGUGAAGUUAUAUUGACACGUUGACUUUAUAUAUUUCUAUGAUAAUUGUUGCACUCAUUUUUCACUCACCAGUUUAUACAUUUUAUGUAUGUCAAUCAACAGGUUAUGGUCAUUCACAAUUAAUCAUGCCAUUGAUGCUCAGGGGUUGAAAUAUUAACUGUAUGAAUAAUAUUAAGCAUUUGUUCUAUUUCCUUAAUAAACUGCACUGUGAGAAUGUAAAA